CCCAGGCUCUCAUCUCUGCGCUCCGCGUCCGUGGCAGCAUCCACUCACUCUUUUACUACUGCCUGCGAUGUGACUCCACGCCGCUCGCUCGCUGGAAUAUCACCCUGCGUGACAAGUGACGGAUUUUAAGCACACGCCACGCCGUCCGGUUUUCCAAAUUCAAGGGGACACCGCGGCUAAUGCCUUUAACCAUGACUGUGGGAUUAAUAACGGUUUUGUGUGCUGUAACGGCCGUUUUCGCGAUGGAAGAAACAUUAAUGGACACCCGGACCGCCACAGCAGAGCUCGGGUGGACGGCAUACCCUUCAUCAGGGUGGGAGGAAGUAAGCGGCUAUGACGAGAACCUCAACACCAUCCGAACAUACCAGGUGUGCAACGUCUUUGAGUCCAACCAGAACAAUUGGCUGCUCACCACCUUCAUUGCACGACGUGGUGCUCAGCGCAUCUAUGUGGAGAUGCGUUUCACUGUCCGAGACUGCAGCAGCAUCCCACGAGUGCCUGGAUCCUGUAAGGAGACCUUUAACCUGUACUACUAUGAGACAGACUCUGUCAUCGCCACCAAAGGUACGGCGUUCUGGAUGGAGGCUCCAUAUCUAAAGGUGGACACCAUUGCGGCAGAUGAGAGCUUCUCGCAGGUGGAUUUUGGUGGUAGAUUGAUGAAAGUGAAUACGGAGGUGCGAAGUUUCGGUCCGUUGUCGAAAAACGGCUUUUAUCUGGCAUUUCAGGACUAUGGUGCGUGCAUGUCCCUGCUGUCUGUCCGUGUGUUUUAUAAGAAAUGCCCUAGUGUCGUGCAGAACUUUGCGAUCUUUCCAGAGACCAUGACUGGGGCAGAGAGCACCUCGCUGGUGAUCGCUCGCGGGAUGUGCAUCCCGAAUUCUGAAGAAGUGGACGUACCAAUUAAGUUGUACUGUAAUGGCGAUGGGGACUGGAUGGUUCCAAUUGGGAGCUGUACCUGCAAGGCAGGAUUCGAGCCGGAUAACGGGAACGUCUGUCGAGCUUGUCCUCCAGGAACGUUCAAGUCCAGUCAAGGGACGGGUUUGUGUCUUCAGUGUCCACCCAACAGCAGGUCCACAUCUGAAGCGGCCACUAUCUGCGUCUGCAGGAACGGCUACUACAGAGCAGACGGAGAGCAGCCAGACAUGCCCUGCACCAGUGUUCCUUCUGGACCAAGAAACGUCAUCUCCAUUGUGAACGAGACCUCUGUGACUCUAGAGUGGCACUCUCCGCGUGAGACAGGCAGCCGUGAUGAUGUCGUGUAUAAUAUUAUUUGUAAGAAAUGCCAGGCGGACCGUCGUUCCUGCUCUCAUUGCGAUGAUAAUGUGGAGUUUCAGCCCCGGCAGCUGGGACUGACCGAAUCCAGAGUCUUCAUCAGUAACCUGCUGGCACACACUCUCUACACCUUUGAGAUCCAGGCGGUCAACGGCGUCACCAACAAGAGCCCGUAUCCUGCCCAGCACGUCUCCAUAGACAUCACAACCAACCAGGCUGCUCCGUCUAUUGUUCCCAUAAUGCAUCAGGUCAGUUCGACGUUGAAAAGCAUCACGUUGUCAUGGCCACAGCCUGAGCAGCCCAAUGGAAUUAUUCUUGAUUAUGAGCUGCGCUACUAUGAGAAGGAGCUGUCUGAGGUGAACUCCACGCAGGUGAGGAGUCAGACGAACACGGCUCUUGUGGAUGGAUUACGGCCGGGCACCAUGUACGUGAUGCAGGUUCGCGCCAGGACGGUUGCUGGUUUCGGCAAAUACAGCAGCAAAAUGUGCUUCCAAACCCUCACAGAUGACGACUAUAAAUCAGAGCUGAGGGAGCAGUUGCCACUGAUUGCGGGCUCAGCCGCGGCUGGAGUGGUCUUCAUUGUGUCUCUGGUGGCAAUAUCUAUAGUCUGUAGCAGGAAACGGACUUACAAUAAGGAGGCCGUGUACAGUGACAAACUCCAGCACUACAGCACCGGAAGAGAACUCACUUUGAGGCCAGAUCUGUCCAACUGCCACACACCCAUGGGCUGCCCGACCAUGCCAGGCUCUCCGGGGAUGAAGAUCUACAUUGACCCGUUCACCUAUGAAGAUCCUAAUGAAGCUGUCAGAGAAUUCGCCAAGGAAAUAGAUGUCUCCACUGUCAAGAUUGAAGAAGUUAUCGGGGCAGGUGAGUUCGGCGAGGUGUAUAAAGGUCGACUGAAACUGCCUGGAAAACGAGAGAUCUACGUUGCCAUCAAAACACUGAAAGCAGGCUAUUCUGAGAAGCAGAGACGUGAUUUUCUGUCCGAGGCAUCAAUCAUGGGGCAGUUUGACCACCCCAACAUCAUCCGCCUGGAGGGUGUGGUCACCAAGAGCCGACCGGUCAUGAUCGUCACAGAGUUCAUGGAGAACGGGGCGCUCGACUCCUUCCUUAGGCAAAAUGAUGGGCAGUUCACAGGGAUCCAGUUGGUGGGGAUGCUGAGGGGAAUCGCUGCUGGCAUGAAGUACCUGUCCGAGAUGAAUUACGUCCACCGAGACCUGGCCGCCCGCAACAUCCUGGUCAACAGCAACCUUGUGUGCAAGGUGUCGGACUUCGGCCUGUCCCGUUAUCUGCAGGAAGACACCUCUGACCCCACCUACACCAGCUCACUGGGUGGAAAGAUCCCUGUGAGAUGGACCUCGCCAGAAGCCAUCGCGUACAGGAAGUUCACUUCUGCUAGUGACGUCUGGAGUUACGGUAUCGUCAUGUGGGAGGUGAUGUCUUUUGGCGAGAGGCCCUACUGGGACAUGAGCAACCAAGAUGUGAUCAAUGCUAUAGAGCAGGAUUACAGGCUGCCGCCCCCCAUGGACUGUCCCACUGCUCUCCACCAACUGAUGCUCGACUGCUGGCAGAAAGAUCGGAACGCUCGGCCACGCUUCACGGAUAUCGUCAAUACGCUCGACAAACUCAUCCGCAACCCUACCAGCCUCAAAGCAGUCGCCAGUAUACCCACUAUUCCAUCCCAGCCAUUGUUGGACAGGUCUAUCCCAGACUUCACCACCUUUAGUUCUGUAGAAGACUGGCUGGCCGCCAUCAAGAUGUCUCAGUACAGAGACAACUUCCUCAACUCUGGCUUCACAUCCCUACAGCUGGUCACCCAGAUGACUUCAGAGGACUUGUUGAGGAUAGGUGUGACUCUAGCCGGCCAUCAGAAGAAAAUCCUCAACAGCAUUCAGUCCAUGCACCUGCAGAUGUCCCAGUGCCAGACUGGCACAACGCUGGCAUGACUACAGGGGGCGCCGGACGACGGGCCGGGCAGCUUGCGGAAGAAUUACCAGCGGGUGAGCCCAAUCCCAUCGGAGCGCGCCAGAAUAGAGACUAUCAUCCUUAUCUGAGAACGUGUUUCAGGAGAAAAACCGUUAUCCCAUAUCCAACAGACCAGAUUGAAACAGAACCACCAGGACUUGUUAACCCAUCGGCCGUUUGCCUCUUCAGUCUACAUUUACAAAGAAAACCAAAGAAGUGGACUCUUUUUGUCCUCUUCUCAUCAUUAAUUACCUUCACAAUGCUUAUCCAGAAAUCACAGUGACUGCUCAGAUUCUGAGACGUCUUGCAUCGGUUUCUACAAGGUUCUUUCGUUCUUAAUUUUUUCAGGUUUUUUUUCCCCAGUAUAAACCUUCUAUCGUCACUGCUUCCCACUUACACUACCUGUCGAUCUCGGUAUGGCUGACGUUGCCAAAGGACAUCCUGUAUGCCUGCGUCCCAUCCCUAGGCCAUACGAGCGUAAAUUAUGUAUAUCUUUAAAUAAAUAUGAGUUUAUCUUCAGAGUAAACCUUCAUAUUGAAGGUGAAGUGUAACGGACCUGUAUGUAAAUACCCUCUUCUUCCGCUUGCAUUUUUGGCAAUGUUGCGCAUUGGACAAGAACCGCCGAUUCUGCAGGACACAAACUCACCUACGUCAGCGCGACGCCACGAGAACAAUCUGGGAUGGACUCUGACUCAGUCGUUGUUGUGUAAAUAUCAGUUAGUUGUGUAUAAACUAGCGUUAAAAAGAUAUACUUUAGGUGAAAAAAGCUACGCAUUCAGGCCACUAAACAGUGUUUAUUGUAGGUGUUUCCAUGCUGAUGAGCACUUACAUGUACAGCUUUUCUUUCUUCCACCUCUUCUUCUUCUACUUCUUCUAGUCGUUCUUGUUAGUUUCGUGUCAGAGUGUUUGAAUGCGUCGACUAGCGUUGGGAAGGUGUGUCGUCACCACCUAAACUAGCUAAUACACUUAAAUGUAGUUCCACUGUUAAUAAGCUGUACUAAUGUUGGUCUUACAGGGUCUUUAAAACCGCUAAUCUGUUCCCAAGCACGUGUUUACAUGAUAAGCCAACUGAAAGGUUGCAGGUAGGAAACGAAGAGACUUUGUGAAACCGCUGCCCUUCACCACUUUUAUCAGGCCGAGUCACUCUCUCGGCUCCAGAUGCUUCUCGAUGACAUUGCUAAAUGUGGUACAUGUUCUUUCGUGUCAUCAGCUCUCCAUUUAUUUCUAUGUGUGUCUGGAUUGAACAUCUGUGUGACCCCUUAUGAACAGAUGCCUAACGCCACCCCAUUGAGCACAUUCUACUUAAGCAGUCAGUUAAGCACUGUGUAACACACAAACACACACACACACACACACACACACACAUGGUCUGUUGAUGGCUUUGGGCUGUUCCUUUUUGGUUGCCAUGGAGAAAUAGCAUUAGCUGAAUAAUAAUAAUAAUAAUAAUAAUAAAUUAUUAUUAUCAUUAAAGGUAACACUAUACAAUAAGAUCCAGUUUAUCAAUAUUAUAUUCAUGUGUUAUAUAUGUAUGACCUAUCAUUUAACCAUACUUUUAAAAACAUUUAUUAAUCUUGAUUAAUGUUAAUUUCUCAGCCUACUAAAACAUUCUGGUUGUAUGAAUGAAUAUGAACAUUGAAUAAACAUGAAUUAAAAGUGAACCAUAGUGUAUUUAUUAAAUUAACCUAGAUUAGUAGAUGCGGGAAAAAAAAAAAAAAGAAAAAGACAAAAAAGCUCAUUGUUCAUAUGCAUGAACUUGUUAAUAGUUCACUUUAUUUAGUGUUACAAAUAACAUUAUCAUUUUAUUGUAUUAAUAUAGUACCAUUCAUAACUAAUAUGUAGCUUUAAAUAAGAAAAUAACAUUGUAUUAAAAACAAAAAAAUGUAAGAUGAAAAAAUGUUUUAGGGGCGAAAAAAAUAAAUAUAAAGUGAAUUUCAAAUCUGAAAACAAACAAACAAAAAAAUCAACGUAGUUACUUAAAGAGAAAUAAAAUGCUCAAAGCCAACUUUAAUGUUAAAAUAAUACAAAUAUGAAUGAUUGGGAGCUUGCCUAAUCUUUGUGUGCUGUAAAUGUUGGCCUUUUAUGAUAAAAUCACAGCAUUCCUCUUUUGUAAGUUGCUUUGGAUAAUAAAGUGUUGUAAAUGAAUAAAUAUAAAAGUAAUUGGUAAAAUGUUCCAGCUUUUGGGGUCAUAAUGGCUAAAAGCAGCUCCACAGGAUCUCAUAAGGUGUAACAUUAAAGGACCCCGAUGUAAGAUUUGAAACAUAAUGGUUUGUAGAAGUUAGCAGCUGUACCAUUCAUUCACCUGAUGUGAAUGUGUGUGUAAUGAAUAAGCUGCUACAUUGCCUGUAAGUUAAUGAGACUCAUGGUUUAUGGUUAUUCUCUGGGAGCAACACACACACAUACACACAAUCCAUCAAGCAGAUAUACCCAAGGUGUUGCACCUAAUUGGCUACAAUGAAUUUCACCAUGGUAACCAAAGAGUGUGGCUCUUUGGUAAGGAUGAAACACUUUUACAGCUUCUGCCAAGAGGCAUAUUCAUUUUGUGCGCACACAAACACACACACACACACCUCAGCUGUAUUACACUGAAAAAAGUGAAUCUGUUCCUCCAUACAACGGUAGUUCUAAGAUAAUGUCUGGCUCUAUAAAAGCAUUAGCGUGAGAUGAAGACGUCUUCCCCUCUGCCUCUGUGUAAAGGCAGCUCUAUUAAUGAUCACAAAGUAUCGCCCCUGUGGCCCGCGUCCAGCUCGUUCACGGUGGGGCGUAACCAAGCUGUCCGGCGUCCUGCCGUAUGGCCCAGCUGAAAAAUGGCUGACUUGCGCUCAAAGCCGUAGAUACGCUGGGGAGGGCGGAGCAUGCUGGGAUACCUACAGACUGAGGAGAGUGAUAAAUGAGUUGGAGCGAGUCUGAGAAUAAAAGAGAAAACAAGAGCGAGAGAUGGCGGACAGUGCAGGAUUGAAAAAAGAAAUGAAGAGAAAUGGAGAAUGAAGAAAAAAGGAAUAGACAGACAGUAUUAAGUCAACAUGAAAUACAAAAUGUACCAUUUUCAUUCUAACAACGUGAUUCUUUCAACUUCUCCCCUCCAACCACAAAUUAUUCUCUAUUCUUUUCACAGUCCAAUCACGGUGGCAAGUCGCAUCAUCAUAUUCUGUUUCACUUAUAAUUACUGCAUAUUGAAGUGCAAUGGGUUCCAAAUGUGAAUGGCAUUUCAUGUCGACUUCCAGGUGUGUGUUGAGAGAGGGCUUACAGUUUAACCUUGGUUGAACAAUAUGGGUUUGGAAAAUGGAAAAUGCCAAAUGUUUUUUAUUUUAUUUUUUACUGAUAAUAUGUGUUAUAAAUCAUAGCUUAAAGGCUUAUUUAGCAUAGGAAAAAAUAUAUAUUGGCAUCUCCCCAUAUAUACAACAUUUCAAAAGUUUGGGGUCACUUAGAUAUAAAUGUAUAUUUUUGAAGAAAUUAAUACUGUUAUUCAGCAAGGAUGCAUUUAAAUGACCAAAAGUGACAGUAAAUCUAUAUAUUUAUCUCUUUUGGAAGUAAAAGUAUUACGGUUCUACAAUAUAUAUGUAUAUAUAUAUUGAGUAGCGCAAUAUCUUCAACAAUGAUAAGAAUAAGAAAUAUCUCUGAAGGAUCCUGAGAAAUGACUGCUGAAAAUUCAGCUUUGCCAUCAAAUGAAUAAAUUACAUUUUAAAAUAUAUUACUAUUUCAAAUUAUUAUAAUUAUUCACAAUAUUUACAAUUUUCUUUAACUGUAUUUUUGAUCAAUUAAAUGCAUCCAUGGGACCAGUUUUAUUAAAUGGCAAAUUAGCGUUAGAGCGCAAUUCCAUUAAAGUGCAGAUGGGAAAAUUCUGCAGGUGAUUUAAAAACAGUGUGCACAUGAAAGAACAAAGAUGCAGCCAGAUCAUUUCCAUAAUGACCAGUAAAAUCUACCAAGAGCAGCGCAAAUUACCACCUACUAUAAAUCAUGCUUUUUAGGGGCCGCUAAAUAAUGGUGUAAAUACCCAGCCUGAUCUCACGGCAAUUCGUACAUAUUUUACGAGUUGCACAAUUCGUACGAAUUUGUACAAAUGACCUACACCUAACCCCGUCCCUAAACUUACCCGUCACUGGGAUCUAGACAAAUCGUGCAAAGUUGUACAAGUGAGGUCACACGAAUUCGUACGAAUUAGCCCACUCAUAAAUUAUGUACGAAUUGGUCGUGAAAUAGUGUUGAAAAACCAGCAAAUAUUAGUAAAUCGCGUUGUGUGAUCAAUAUAAUACUCUCCUCCCAUAAAUUUUGCGUCUGAAAGAGAAACUCAGACAAAUGCAUAUUCAAUAAGUUCAGGCACAAAAAUAACGGUCUUCUCUCUGCGCAUCUUUAGUAAAUACUGACAGUACUAUUUUAACACCAAAAGAAGAUUUACACUGGUGCAAGCUGUUAGUAAAUCUGGCCCUUCGUGAGACAAAUUUUAAAAUUAUAAAAAAAAAAUCUUACAGACCUCAAAUAUUUGUCCAGUGAAAAGCUUUAGAUUUUGUAAUGCUUUUUCUGUUAAUCAGUCUAAAUGGAUAAAUAUUCAUCCUGGUCAAUAUAUCAAUCCAUCUACCACUAUACAGAGUAAAACAAAUGGCAGCACUUCACCAUCUGCACAGACGGAUUGAAUCUUUGCCAUAACGCACAUGCGCAACAAUACAGAUGUAGUUGCUAUAUUAAUAAUAUUUGAAUAUGUACAUGAACACUAUUGAUCUAUUCCGAAUGUGUCUCUCUUUUUCUUUUUUAACCUCUCGUUUUGCACAUGUCCAACAACUCAAUCGAGGAUAAUCUUCAUCUCUUGCAAGGGUAUCCUCCUCUUCCUCCUCCUCUCGGAGGGUUGAGGGAACAGGCAGGGAGUGAGAGGAUGAACGGAAAUGAUUUGAGUCUAAUUUUAUCACUCUUUGCCUGGAGUGUCGACACAUUGUGGAGUCUGGUGAGCGUUUGGCAGUGGAUCAGCGGUGAUGCUGUUCCCGUGCCAACUGAAGUCUGAGCGGUGCAAGUGUUCACUAGCACGGCUCAGACUUCUCAAGCGCAAACAAAAAGCGUGUUUGGAACAAACAAAGGCGUCGUCUGACACCGCCGGUAGGAACGUGCUCGUGUUUUCUAUCGAUCUUUGUUUUUUGUGCGUUUCAAACGACACUUUCAUGUUAAAGUGUUUGAGCAUUACUUUAAGCAACCGAAACUAAAAGCCAGAGAGCCAAAUGGUUUGAGAGACUGUUGAUAUUACUAGCAUGGCAUGGAUCCUAGCCUGCACUGUUUUGUAGAUAGCGAACGAAGGAAAGCCCCCCUCACCUCACCGAGGCUGUAUAGUUAACACUCGUUUCUUGUGAUGAGUAUGUCAGAGUUUGAAACUGUAACUUUCUGAGAACUAUUGUACUGAAAUGCACUCAAUAAAGACCUUGGAAAAGCUGAA